CUUCUACUUCCGUGUAGCAAAGAUGGUUGACGAGUGACGGACUCUCCGACAGGACUAGCUAGUUAUUCGACAGUACGAGGGAGAAGUGCGUUUUGUGUCAGAUAUGGAGGACGUGGAGAUCACAGAUGUCGAUGAUGUGGACUCGGAAUAUCAUGUGGAGAAGGGGCCCCUCAGAAACCAGGACCUGACUGUCCUCAGCCUGACUGUUGGAGAGCUUCUGUCCCAGUAUGGAUGGUACAUGCUGCUUGGGACUGUCCUGCUCUACUUGGUCAUCCAGCAGCUGAGCAAGAGGAGAUCCAGCCAGAGAGAGAGCCACAACAGUUCAGCCCCACAAACACCACAAGAUGCAGCAUUAGUGGCAAGAAGACAAGAAGCCAUGGAAGCUGCUCGUAUAAAGAUGCAACAGGAGCUGGAUGCCAAAGCGGACCUCUUCAGAGAGAAACAGAGACAGCAAGAAGAAGAGAAGAGGAGGCAGAAAAUAGAGAUAUGGGAGAGUAUGCAGCAGGGGAAGAGUUACAAAGGCGGCUCAAAACCUUCUCAGAACACUGAAGAGGCCAGCUCAUCAACAACAGUGUUGAAACCAAAGUCAGACAAGAAGCCGCUCCGCAGUACAGACUACAAUCCCCUGACUGGACAGGGUGGAGGUACCUGUGCCUGGAGACCUGGCAGGAGAGGACCGUCAUCUGGUGGAUGAGGCUAAAGAAAGUCGGAGAUGAAGGUCUGUGUGACCUUUGACCUCUGACAUCUUCUACACACUGACUGACUGAACCAAGCUGACAAUAUCACCAAGCCCGCAAUGUUUUAUCACUUUAAUUUUUUUACUUUAACUUUCCAUACUUGGUGUGGGUGCUGAUCAGUUAGCAUCAUUGAUUAAUCAUCCUGCUGCCCUGUCUCAUGAGUUAUUUAGUUCAAUCUCUGCCUUGUUAAGCAUCAAAGACACUGUGAUUAUUAUGAAUCAUGCUGUUUGGUGAGAAAUGUGGAAAGCUUGUAAUGAUGCCAUUCCUGUAAACGGUACAAAACCAGUAGGUUUGGCUGAUUAGUUUCACAGUCAGUGUGCUUUUUCUUAUAUAUUUGAUUAUGUUUAUGAGUGUAUGCUGCAAUAGCAUUGAUAUUACUACUGCAGCUGUAGCUGAGGGACAUGUGGUUAAUUACAAGACAUAAUACUUUCUGAUGAUAUACUCAAGUUAACAGUCUGUACUGUUUCACACAUUUUAAUGCAAUAAAAAUAUGGUCACAAGGUCA